AUGUCUGCAAACAAAAUGGCAUAUGUUAUAUUUGUUUCUGCACUGGUUUUUGGCGUAAGAGAGAAAUGCUCGGGCACAAGGGCAGCCACGACCAAAUCAACUUUCCGCACCUCUUUCACUCAUAAAUCUGACGGUAAUAUGAGCUUGGUGGAUGUGGGAUCAUUCGGUGCCAAGGGCAAUGGAGUGACGGAUGAUACUGAGGCAUUUGAGGCGGCAUGGAGAGCCGCCUGCUCUAAGGGGUACACUACACUGCACAUUCCAGCUAAUUACAGCUUUGUAGUUGGUCCUAUUACCUUCUCCGGACCCUGCCAAUCAAGCAUCGUCUUCAUGGUUGAUGGAAAUAUAGUUGCACAUCUGAAUCCGCGGACAUGGCCAUCCAAAAGAUUACAAUGGAUAAAUUUCUCCAAAGUCCAUGGGAUUAAUGUAAUGGGUAAGGGCGUUCUAGACGGACAAGGAGCAGCCUGGUGGAAGCUUUCCGAGUUCGAUUUUGGGAAACGGAGCAGCGGACCAAGUGUCAGGCCUACGUCAUUGAGAUUUUAUGGAAGCUAUAACGUGAGCGUACAAGAAAUCACAAUUCAAAACAGUCCACAAUGCCACCUCAAGUUUGACAGCUGCACUUCUGUUGAAGUUUCUGGUGUAACAAUCUCCUCUCCUGAAAUCAGCCCAAAUACCGAUGGAAUUCAUCUUCAAAACUCUCGCGAUGUCGAAAUCCACCAUACUUCUAUUGCAUGUGGAGAUGACUGCGUGUCAAUACAAACGAACUGCUCAGGCAUCCGCGUUCAUAACAUAAACUGCGGCCCUGGUCACGGUAUCAGUAUUGGAGCACUCGGUAAAGAUGGAGGGAAGGCCUGCGUUAGCAACGUGAGCGUCUACAACAGCAACAUCUCUGAUUCUUCAUACGGCGUCCGCAUCAAAACUUGGCAGGGAGGCGUUGGAUCAGUGAAAGGCGUGUCGUUUUCCAACAUACAGGUUUCCAACGUUAGAAUUCCGAUUGAUAUCAACCAAUUUUAUUGCGAUAUAGAGGCGUGCCCUAAUCGAACCUCGGCCGUGUUUAUAAGGGAGGUGACAUAUGCAAAGAUCGUUAGCACAUACAUAGACAAACCACUUUAUUUGGCUUGCAGUAAUGAUAUCCCAUGCACUGAUUUGAAGUUGCAAAAUAUUAAACUGAAACCUGCUGUUACAUACGAGGAUCCCUUUUGCCUGAAUAGCUAUGGACAAUCAAAUUUAACAUUCACUGUUGAUUGCCUGCAAUCUGGAAGGCCAGCUAACGAUCCUUCUGGCAAAGAUGCUUGUUAG